GUUUUUCCUCAUAUAAAGCUACAGGGGUGUUGGUUCCAUUUCUGCCAAUCUGUUAUCCGGUACUGCAAAAGAAGUAUGAACAGUCUAUUCCAUCUAUUUCAGACAAGUGUUGAGGCUGCAAUAGUUUUACGCAUGGUGUUAGCUCUACCUCAUCUUCCUGCUGAACCCCAAAUGAAUUGCAGUUUCACAAUGUUUGAUGGUUUUCGAAUAAUUGUAGAUUAUGUUAACCAACAACCAGCAAUUCGCGAACGCUUACAAGCAUUUUUAUUUGGCUACAUACAAGAUUUUUGGUUAACACAAAUAACUGCUUUUAAUUUUAAUAUUUGAUUAUCCUCGUAGUUA